CAGAAUGCAUCACGUUUGGCAGAUGCCGCUGUCCAUAAGGAUCGCGGUAAUACUGCUGACCACAUGUCAAAAAAGAAACACUUGAUCAGAAAUGUUGUUUUAUUCAUUUUUCAAGUCCCUAGUGGGAAAAGAAGUUAUUGUUGAACUCAAAAAUGACUUGAGCGUACAUGGAACUCUCGACUCUGUAGAUCAGUUCUUGAAUCUCAAGAUGACAGAUAUUGAUGUUACAGAUCCAGAAAAAUACCCGCAUAUGCAAUCAGUCAAGAAUUGUUUUAUAAGGGGUUCAGUGGUCAGAUAUGUCCAAUUACCAGCAGAAGAAGUGGACACCCAGCUUCUACAAGAUGCUACAAGAAAAGAAGCAGCACAAAGCAAGACUUGAUUCAUUCCAAACUUGUGUCUAGUUAAACAAAGUCUGAUUGAUCUAAAGCUGAACAUGUUUGCCAAAAAGAAAUAGCAUUUCUCAUUUCAUAAGAAAUAUUCUGAGCUACAUUCCAUGCAUUUUUUAUGAUAUCAGUACCCAUGAAUAAAUGUGCAUUUUCUGUUCAUUUUGCAUAAGCAUUUUAACAAAAAAGUGCAACCUUCUUGGAAGUCGUCACUAAGGCUGUUAAUAAAAUGGUUAUCAAGACAGAUGCUUUCAAAAUCAAUCCAAUAAAAUGAGCUAAAUCAUA